GCUAUUGGCGACUAUAAGAUAUUUGAUCAAAAAACACUUCGCUCCUCAGCUUCUAUUCCCAUUGUCUUCCCCUCUUCUUAUUUCCAAUCGCUCUUUGAAACCUCACUUCUUUCAAGAGACGGGAAGCGGAGGAGAGGUGGGGAUGGGGUGGUUCCCCUGCUCCGGAAAGUCCACCAAAAAGACCAAAAGGAAGGACCAGAUUGCUCCCCCCUCAGAGAAGUCAAAGCCAAAUUCUGCAUCCAAUGUGAAGAAACAGAGUUCAUUAGAUGGAAAAAGGAAAACUUUGGAUAAUGGUUCUGAGCACAUUGCUGCCCAGACCUUCACAUUUCGUGAAUUGGCUGCCGCGACCAGAAAUUUCAGAGCUGAUUACCUUUUGGGGGAGGGAGGGUUUGGUCGAGUUUAUAAAGGAAGGUUGGAGAGUGUCAACCAGAUUGUGGCUAUAAAGCAGCUUGAUCAUAAUGGAUUGCAAGGAAACAGGGAGUUCCUUGUCGAAGUUUUGAUGUUGAGUCUACUUCACCAUCCUAACCUUGUGAACUUGAUUGGCUACUGUGCUGAUGGUGAUCAACGGCUUUUGGUUUAUGAAUACAUGUCAUUAGGAUCAUUGGAAGACCAUCUUCAUGAUCUUACAUCAGACAAAAAGCAACUAGACUGGAAUACAAGGAUGAAAAUAGCUGCUGGUGCAGCUAAAGGAUUAGAAUAUUUGCAUGAUAAAGCCAAUCCUCCUGUCAUAUACCGUGAUUUAAAAUGCUCCAAUAUUUUGCUUGGAGAGGGAUUUCAUCCCAAGUUAUCUGACUUUGGGCUGGCAAAGCUUGGUCCUGUUGGUGACAACACUCAUGUUUCAACCAGGGUGAUGGGUACAUAUGGAUACUGUGCACCUGAGUAUGCAAUGACUGGACAACUAACAUUGAAAUCUGAUGUUUAUAGCUUUGGAGUUGUUCUUUUAGAGAUUAUUACCGGACGGAAAGCUAUUGACAACUCUAGAGCUGCUGGGGAGCAAAAUUUAGUUGCUUGGGCACGACCUCUGUUCAAAGACAGGAGAAAAUUUACCCAAAUGGCUGACCCAAAGCUUCAGGACCAGUACCCAGUGAGGGGCUUGUACCAAGCACUCGCUGUUGCUGCAAUGUGUGUUCAGGAGCAACCUACCUUGAGGCCCCUUAUUGCUGAUGUGGUUACUGCUCUCACUUACCUGGCUUCCCAGCAUUAUGAUCCUGAAACUGAAUCCAUUCAGAAUUCUUCUCGUUUGAUAGCACCAGGCACUCCUCCUCGAACAAGAAGAGACAAUGAGAAGAAACAAUUGGUGUAUCUCAAAAACACCAGUUCAGAUGGUCAAAGUAAACUCACCAAAUACUAGCUAAUGGUGAUUGCUCAAUAGAUUUCGAAAUCCACCAACUUAGAUGGCAUCUCUUGAUGCUAAAAUCUGCAAGGUGGUUUUAUUAUCCAGGAGGAUAGUGUCUUCUUUUUGGGUGGCUAUUUUGCACCAGGUUAUCAAAUUUUGCUUGAUGAUAACUGGUGCAGCAUGAACCAUUCAUAUUGUUCGGAGGAGUGACGUUCUUUUGUUGUGGUACAUGUGAGUUUUGGUCUCUCUAUUUACAUGUAUUUGUUAGUAUUUGAUGCUAUCAAUGUAAUCUCUUAUAUGGUUUUAGAUAGAAGAAGUGCUGUUUAUCCAAACAAUAGAUGAAGUUUUAUUACCAAGAUAUGUCAUGAAUCUGCUUCUAGAAUUUGGAAUAGACAUGGAAUCUUGGAAAUAUUGUGCUGGCAUGAAUAGAAUUAACUUUCGGGC